CCCGUCCGUCUCCGUUACAAAUUGUGGUACUGGUAUAUUCGCUGGUUCAAUUCCUUUUCAUCUUGAUCUAGGUAACCAGAGAAGCAAGGGAAGAAAAACAAAAUCAAAGCCACGGUUGAGAGCGAAUCUCCCCGCUUUCUUUUAUAGUUAGCAAAUCCUCUCUUCUUCACUUUUCUUCUCCACACCUUUUUCCUUAUUCUUCUUCCCCCCUCUCCUUUUCUCUGUAUUUUUUAAUCCGUUCUUGUACGCUUCCUCUCUCUCUGUCUCAUCUUCCAGUAAAACACAAGUCUCAGUAUCUGGAGGAUGUGGCGAGGAUGUUUCCAUUAUCAAUGAACUUUCAUGGGAGCUUGUCAAUGGUUGCUGGAAUUACUGUGUAUUGAUGACAGUGAUCUUGACGAGAAUGAUAGUUUAAAGAUUUUUUUUGAAUCCUUAUGUUUUAGAAUGGAACUCUUCAUCAUUUUACUGGAAGAUUCGUGACAGCGAGGAGAAAUAAUCAGUCAUAUUGGUUUAUUGUUUAGGUGAUUCAUGUUAUGCAGCCUCUGCUUUGCCCUGUAAAUUAUUCGCGGAAGGGUGUGUGAUAGUUAUAAUUGCACUGUAGAUUAGGUGUAAAUAUACGAUUGUGAAGUGUUAGGGAUAGGACUCUUAGAUAAGUUCAUAAUAGGUAGAUAAAAUUGAGAAACUAGUUAUGUCUCAAGGACAAAAGCAACCUGUACAAGGUUCUGCUCGGAAACUUUCACCUUCGACUUCUCAGAAAGAUCUGUGGUUUAUUGUACGAGAAGGGUCCUUGGCUGAUGUAGAUUCUGCUUUGGCACUGCUAAAGAAAAAUGGGGGCAAUAUUAAUUUACGAAAUGCAAUGGGCCUAACACCCCUUCAUAUUGCAACUUGGAGAAAUCACAUUCCCAUUGUCAGGAGGCUGCUUGCUGCUGGUGCUGAUCCUGAUGCUAGGGAUGGAGAAUCAGGAUGGAGUAGUCUUCACAGGGCUCUGCAUUUUGGUCAUCUUGCAGUUGCAAAUGUGCUCCUUCAGUCUGGAGCUUGUAUUACUUUGGAAGACUCUAAAUUCCGUACACCGGUUGAUCUCUUGUCUGGACCUGUUGCUCAGGUUCUUGGAGAUGAAUGUAACUCGGUAGCCACUGAGGUGUAUAGUUGGGGAAGUGGUGCCAAUUAUCAACUAGGAACCGGAAAUUCGGACAUACAAAAGCUGCCCUGCAAGGUUGAUGCACUUCACGGGUCUGUAAUUAGGCUGUUGUCUGCAGCAAAGUUUCAUAGUAUAGCCGUUAGUGACCGUGGAGAAGUCUAUACAUGGGGAUUUGGAAGAGGGGGCAGACUUGGACAUCCGGACUUUGAUAUCCAUAGUGGCCAAGCAGCUGUUAUCACACCUCGUCAGGUGCUUUCUGGAAUAGGCUGUCGCCGUGUAAGAGCAAUUGCUGCAGCUAAACAUCACACAGUUCUUGCAACAGAGGGUGGGGAAGUCUUCACCUGGGGAUCUAACAGAGAAGGUCAGCUGGGUUACACUGUGGAUACUCAACCGACACCUCGCAGAGUGAGUUCCAUUAAGUCAAAGAUCGUUGCUGUUGCGGCAGCAAACAAACACAGUGCUGUGGUUUCCGACUCUGGUGAAGUUUACACAUGGGGUUGCAAUAGGGAUGGUCAGCUUGGUUAUGGUACAUCUAAUUCGGCAUCUAAUUACACUCCAAGGAUAGUUGAGUAUCUGAAAGGGAAAGUUUUUACUGGAGUUACAGCAGCAAAAUCUCAUACCAUUGUCUUACGGAAUGAUGGUGAGGUUUACACCUGGGGGCAUCGAUUUGUUACUCCAAGACGUGUUAUUGUUUCACGAAAUCUGAAGAAAAGUGGGGCUGCCCCUUUGAAGUUCCAUCGCAUGGAGCGGCUUCAUGCAGUAGCAAUUGCUGCUGGGGUGGUGCAUAGUUUGGCCCUUAUGGAUGAUGGUGCCCUGUUUUAUUGGGUCUCUGCAGAUCCUGAUCUUAUAUGCCAGCAGCUGCAUUCACUCUCUGGGAAAAGUAUUGUUAGUGUAUCUGCUGGUAAGUACUGGGGUGCAGCAGUUACAGAUACAGGUGAUGUCUACACAUGGGACAGUAAGCAUGUCAAGGAUAAAUCACCAGUUCCGACUCGAUUGCAUGGUGUCAAAAGGGCCACUUCGGUUGUAGUUGGAGAAACUCAUCUAUUAGCUGUUAGCUCUCUCUAUCAUCCUACCUAUCCCCCUAAUGCUGACAAGAUUCCUCAGAGACAGAAGUCGGAGAAUGAGGAUGAACUGGAAGAGCUCGAAGACUUCCUUUUUGACAAUACUGAGCUGCAUCAUAAGCUAUGUGUUGAUGAAAAUAAUAAGAGUGCUUCAGAAAGGCCCGUGCCAAGUUUGAAAUCUCUCUGUGAAAAGUCGGCAGCAGAUAAUUUAGUUGAGCCAAGAAAUGCGAUACAGAUGCUUGAAAUUGCCGACACUCUUGAGGCCAAUGAUCUGAAGAAGCACUGUGAGGACAUUGCAAUUCACAACCUGGACUAUCUUCUGACCUUCUCAUCACGUGCUUUUACUGCCACAACAUUGGAAAUCCUGGCUGGCCUGGAAACUCUCUUGGAUCAAAGGUCAUCCGAGCCAUGGAGCUACCGGAGGCUUCCAACUCCAACAGCCUCGUUUUCAGUCGUUGUGAACAGUGAAGAGGAUGAUAGUGAGAGUGAGGCUAUGAGAACCCGGGAAAAGUACACUAACAAACCUGUUCUUUUGGGACCUGGAGUGGAGUCUAGGCAAGACUCCUCCUUUCUCCAUCCUAUGCCCAAGGAUGAUCAGGAACACCUGAAACAAGUUCGUGCUCUGCGUAAGAAGUUGCAGCAGAUUGAGAUGCUGGAGGAAAAGCAACUUAAGGGCUAUCAACUUGAUAACCAGCAAAUUGCAAAGCUCCAAACACGGUCUGUCAUUGAGAGUUCGCUUGCUGAGCUUGGGUUUCCAGUGGAGAUGGUAGAUGCCAAGGCAUCGGCUUCUGCUGCUUCAUCUGAUGUGAUGAAGGGCAGUAACAAAAAGUUGAAGGCAUCAAGAAAGCAAAAUAGGAAAAGCAAGAACAAGGGUGAGGAAGAUGAGAUGAGAUCAGGUCUUAAUGGAAAUAAGGUAGAGGUGGGGCCCAUAAUACCUCUUUUGGACGCUGAGAUGUCUCCAGGCUCCAUAAAUAAGGUGAGUUUCACACUUUUGGUUACUAAGUAUUGUUUGCUUGUCCUAAUGGUAAUGGUGAAGUGAAUAUUUAACACUGUCAAGUCUUCGUAACCACUCACAUCUAUACUGUUUGAUAGGAUGAAGAAGCAGUACGAGCGAAGGGUGUUGCUGAAAUCCGUGUGCCUGAUGCUAUACUUGUUAAGACGGAUAUUGCAGAUUUAGUAGGGAAGAGUAAGAGCACUUCUACCCUGGGAUCCAAGAAGAAGAAUCGGAGAGGUGGUCUUUCCUUGUUUCUGAGUGGUGCCCUUGAUGAGGCUGCGGAAGAGGCUGCCCCUCUCCACCACCUACCCCUAAAAAUGAGGGGCCUGCGUGGGGUGGUGCUAAAAUAUCAAAAGGUCGUUCCUCACUUCGUGCAAUUCAGGACGAGCAAAGUAAGACUCUGGGCAGCAAUCCAAAGAACAAUACUCUGGUUGAGGAGAGUAAGGGUGAUGGAAAGGUAUCCCUGAGCGCAUUCAUUUCUUCCAAACCUAUACCUAUGGCUCCACCCUCCACAUCCCUUACUUCUGAUGUCGACAAGGGCACCCCUCCCUGGGUUUCUGGGACUUCUCCUCUCAUGUCUCGUCCAUCUCUACGAGACAUCCAGAUGCAGCAGAAGGGUAAACAGCAUCAAAACAUUUGCCAUAGUCCCAAGACCAGCACAACUGGGUUUGCAAUCACCACGGGUCAGGGUUCCCCAUUGGAUUCUCCUGGGAUGAACAAGUGGUUUAAGCCAGAGGUUGAUGCACCGUCGUCUCUCAGGUCGAUUCAGAUCGAGGAGAAGGCAAUGAAGGAGCUGAAGCGACUCUACAGCAAUGUGAGGAUAGUGAGGAAUGCUGCAUGAUAUAUGCUCCAUCUUCCCUGCAUGAGUUAACUUUUCCUUUAUCCUUUUAGUUUAUUUUACCCAUUUCCUUCUCUUAAGAUCUUCUCAUAGUUUGAAAAGGACGGAUUUGACUGUACAGAGGAUCAGAAUUUGCAGAUUUAGUCCUUAUAAUUUUCAAGGGUACUCGGUCAAUCCCUCUUUGUUCUUUUUUGUUCUUCCCUCUUGUCUUCCUCGAGUGUAUUCAAUAUUCAUAGCUCAGACUCGCAGAAAUGGGGUAUCAAUUGUGAAUUUGUGAUCCCCACUUAUUAUUUUUAUUUCCUUCUUAAAUAAGGAUUUGAAGCUUUUGUACAUUCAAAUUUCAAUCGUUCUGUAAGCAACAACUAGUGAAUCGUUUAAUGAAAAAUAAUAAAGCUUAGCCUAUGAAAGCUUCAGUUACAGAUUAA